CAUGCAGUUUACCAGAGUGCUGCUGUGUGGCCUGAUGACCGGCAUUACCGCGCUGCAUAUCACCUUCAUCCCGUUGGGUGCCGAUGAAGAAGCGUCACGCAAAUUCCCCAGCUAUCCCUUCAUCACUCCGUCGGUGUUUCAUGUCGCGUUUCAGACUCUGGAGUUGUAUUAUCCGGAUGUGAUGAAUAAUCUGACCGUCAUACCGGCAUUCGCUAAUUCUACAGCGGCGGAUGAAGAUGACUUUUGCUACUUUAUUGACAGUGCGGUCAGUUCAUUGUUGCAGCUGUACGGUCAUCAACCGGAUUUGUUCGAUCCGGCGUUCUCCAAUCAGAGCAUCACAGUCAUUAUAUCGGGAGAAUUUUGUGAUUUAAAUUCCGACGUUGCCCGGUUUGCAACGGCAGCCAAUGUCAUCUUCUUGUCAUCCAAUCCCGAUUCCAGCCUAUCCGAUGUGACAACCUACCCGACCACCGUUAAUUUGGUACCGACACCCACGGAUUUGAUUGUAAAGGCACUCAAGAGUUUACUGCGCUACCAACGCUGGUUUACAACGGGUUUAUUCUGCUUGUCGGACGAGCCCUCCUGGGGUGGUGAUUGCAGGGAUGGCGUCAAAGAUUACUUCUGGGACAAUGAUUUCGCGCCAUUGAAUACGUUCCGCUCGCGGCAUACGCUGGAUGAAUUUGAUCGCAAUGCUAAGGAUGCCAUGCAGCCGGUUAUGGAUAACGCCAGAAUCAUAUGGCUUCUUAUACAACCGGACAGUCUUCGAAAAUUUAUGGUUACUGCUUACGACAUGGGCAUGACAAAUGGGGAAUAUGUCUUCAUCGCUGCGUACCGGCAGCCGCUUUAUCUCGCACCGCAGAUCUUGCACUGGCAGGCAAUGGAUGAACACCCAGAUGAACACGCCUCUGAUGAUUAUAAAGCAUUUGCGGGAUUUCAGCGAUGUAUCAUUAUUUCGGAUGUGGAUGUUGACUGGGUGCAUCUGGAGAACUUUACGGAUUCCAUUGCCGAUUAUUCGCAACAACAUUAUAAUCGGACAAUACGACCGGAUCAACGAAGGGACCUUAUGGCUGUCCUCUUUAUGGAUGUUUUGGCAAUUUUUGCUAAGGCGUUAGAAAGGCUGUUACCGAACAUUACCCACUUAACAGCAGAUGGUUUUGUCCGGGGUCUAUUAAACUACACUUAUCAUCUGCCAUCGCGGCAGGUGCACUUGAAAGCCGACGGACGGGAAGAGCGCGUGACACCCUACCUACGCCUCAAUCCGCUAAACAAAGAGUUUGAGACGGCGGCUGAAUACAACCAGGAUACGGGGAAGUUUUCUGUUAUCCGGAAAGAUCUGUGGAACUGGACGGAUGGCCGGCCGUUUCCGCCGGAUAUGCCACCGUGCGGAUUCGAUGGGCGAAAGUGCAAGGGCGUGCCGUUAGAGGUGAUUAUUCCGUGUGCCGUGAUCGCUGUUCUGUUGGUAGCCACUCUGAUUCUUUACCGCUGCAUCAAGUUACGUGCGAAUAAGAAGGCGUUCAUGGACGUUUUUAUUGACGACGAUUACAUGUCCAUGUACUCCGAAGCAACUACCGGUUUGGCUCCUCUAGUGCCCAUGAAGAGUACUGUUAAGCCACAAGCGACACUGUCCCUUCUUCUUGAGAAUACGCUCACAAAACGACAGUUAGCUAAUGACGACGAGUUCCGACACCUUGUUUUAAAGAUGAGAAAAUUAUCCCAUCCCAAUCUGGGUGCCUUCUACGGAAUCGGCAUGUUGAGAAAAUCGCACGCCUUAAUCUGGGAGUUUGAUGAUCGAGGGAACAUCGAAACAGUCCUCAUGACCAAACCGGUACUGCACGAUGUUAUCAUUCGACUGUCGUUGUUAUGGGAUUUGUUACAGGGUUUGUUUUAUAUACACAAAUCGCCGCUGGAAUUCCACGGGGCUUUAAAUAAAGAUGUCUGCUUUGUGGAUCACCGUUAUACGCUGAAAAUUGCUAAAACCGGUUGCUAUCACAUCAUCGAAAGCUUGCACGCGCAGAAAACCAAAUCGUUAACGUAUAUGCGUGCAAAAGAUGUUAGGAAUUUUGGCUUGGUGAGCCAACUGCUGUCUUUGGAUAUCCAAACGGAAAUCGCCGCCAAACCUUCAUCUGGUGCAUCCCGGCGACUAAUCAUUUGGCGCGACUUAACGGAACGCUGCCAGAGUCCCAACGAACUGCAGCGUCCGAGUUUAAGUGACGUGCGCCAAACACUGCGCCAAAUCAAACCGUCCAAGAACAUCGUCGAAUACGUACUACAGGCAAUGGACCGUCAAAUGUACGAUCUUGAGCUGAAGGUUCAGGAAAAGUCGAAAGAACUGACAUUGGAAAAGGUCAAGGUGGAUGCGCUGUUGCUGGAAAUGCUUCCCCAAUCCGUUGUGGUCCAGUUGCGCGAAAAGAAGACAAUCGAGCCAGAAACGUUCGACUCGGUAUCUGUGCUGUUCAGUGAUAUCCCGAUGUUUGCCAAGCUGGCGACACAAUGUACCCCGUGGCAGUUGGUGUUGAUACUCAAUACACUGUAUUCUGCGUACGAUAAUGCGUUCGGAUUGUACGAAGCAUACAAAGUGGAAACAAUUAACGACUCGUACAUGGUUUCCAGUGGAGUUCCAAUGCGGAACGGCACCGAGCAUGCCGCACAGUUGUGCCUUCUUGCGCUGCAUCUGCUCAAGAUCUCCAGAACGCUGGAGAUCCCCAUUGCAGCCGAUUUGGCCCUGGUUAUUCGCAACCGAGUCGGCAUUAAUUCUGGACCAGUAGUGGCCAGUGUUAUCGGCAGUAGGAUGCCUCGUUAUUGCCUAUUUGGGGACACAGUAAAUACUGCAAGCCGAAUGGAGACCAAUGGCGAAGCCGGUUAUAAGUCGCGAUUUGCGGGAUACAUUAAUCCCGCGGUGUUAAACGUGACGUUCGAGAUGGCACGGGAGAUGUAUCCCGAUUUGCUAGCUGACAUGCACGUCGUCUCCUUGAUUAGCCAUGACACGGGAAGUAUCGAAAGUGACCCCUGUGAGUUUACCGUGCGAUCCUUCCCGCUGCUGGCGGAGCUGUACGGCCGGCGUGCCGAUUUAUUCCAACCGAUUAGCGCGGAUCGAAUUACAGUUCUCGUUGCGGGAGAGGUUUUCUGUGGAGAUCCAAAUUGGGAUAUGGGCUUCUUUGCGACCGCUGCCGAUUUCGUGUAUCUGUCCGCUUCAGCCCUUCCUCAGCUGUCCAACAACACGAUGUAUCCAACAACCAUCAACCUGAUGCCCACGCCGAACUUCAACCUGUUCAGCUCGUUAAAAGCCAUCAUGACCUUAAACAACUGGACUGUUUUCGGUAUUUUGUGCAGCCAAGACGAUAUCAUGUACUAUUACGAGUGUGUCAACGGAUUCGACAUUGAUUUCUGGGAUAAUCGCUUCUACGCUGGAAAUGCCUAUCAGCCAAAAUUAACGACCCGCAGUCUCGAGGAGAACAUUACGGCGAUACUGCUAGACAUGAAACACCACGUUCGCGGUCAGUGGAUUGCCGCCUACCAGCUCAACAUGACGAAUGGUGAUUUUGCUUUUAUUGCUGUAUACCGCACACCAAGCUAUGCGACACCUGAUCCCCUGCACUGGAAAGCUUUUCAGGAUGACAGUUAUGAGAACUCCACCGAUGAUUACAAAGCCUUCCAAGCCUUUCAGUGCACCAUCAUCAUUUCCGACCUGGGAAUUAAUUGGGAGAAUCUGGAGAAUUUCACGAAACGAUCAGCCGACAUGGCUAAAACUUUUUUGAACCGAACAUACGGUUCCAACGAUGUGAACGAUAUGGCUUCCGUUUUGUUACUGGAAGUGGUGUCCGUUUUCCUUCAGGGACUGCAACGACUUCUGCCGCGGUUAAACAACCUGACCCCGUCCGAAAUGAUUACCGAUUUGCUCAACCACACUUAUGAUCUUCCGUCCCGGCAAAUUAAAUUUGCGCCCAAUGGAAAAAAUAUUAUGCCAACGCCCAUACUUCGCCUCAAUACCACAAACGGAAAAUUCGAGAUAGCCGCCUCGUGUACUUAUGAUAACAGCAGUACGAUUACGCUUGUGAACCCUUCGCUGUGGGCAUGGUUCAACGGUCGACCGUUUCCUCCGGAUGUGCCGCUGUGUGGGUUUGAUAAGGAUGAAUGUUUGGGCGUGGAGUUAGGAAUAAUCUUACCAGCGGCGCUAGCAGCUGUCAUUCUCUGCGCAACAAUCGUUGCUGCAGUGUUUAUUAGGAAAAGAGCGGAUGACAAAAUAAUCUCCGCUAUAUUUGUGGAGGACACUUCGCAGUUGCUCUUGACUGCCGCACUGACCGUGCCUCUGGACCACAGCGCAUCCAAAUUUAUCGUUACUCACAACUCGAAAUUUCGCAGUAUUGUCCUAGACGUUCUGAAAAUAUCUCAUCCCAAUAUUGCACACUUCCUGGGCAUUAACAUCACGAAGGGAUCGCUGUCGUUAAUGUGGGAAUUUGACGAACGCGGCAACGCCGGUGAUCUGUUACGAACCCGCACAGUUUUACGGGACGAUACCAUCAGGCUAUCCUUAUUAUGGGAUUUACUGCAAGUAAGCGAUAUCAGCUAUUAUGGAAUAGCGUUAUAA